UUGCAUAUAACCUUCAAGACCAUGCAACCCUCUUCAUCCCUCUUUAUCCUGAUUUAUUCUACAUCCUUUAGCUACCAGCUUAAAUGUAACAAGCUGAAGAAACAGAGCAAGGACCUCGCUUUUCAGUGCAACACACUUGUGAAAGACAAGGAAGACAUCACUGACUGUAUGAAAUUCGCCGUGGUGUCAAAAAAGAAGUUGGAGGAGCUGGAGAGUCAGCUGUGGGCUAUCCGGGAGGACAAAGAGGCCCUGGAGCUGCAGCACAGCCAGCAGAUGCAGAAACUACAGGAGCAGGUGGAUGAGCUUAACUCAGUGAACAUGAUGCAGGUGGCUCAGUGUGAGGAGCAGAAGGAGCAGCUGAAGCAGAUGAUGCAGCAGCUGUCUGACAAGGAGUCACUGGAGAAGCAACUGGUCAGUCAGAAGGAAGAGCAUGAAGCUGCCAUGUGCCGGCUGAAGAUGGAAGAAGAGUUGGAGAGGAAACGGUUGACUGAGCAGAUACAGAUGGCAGUGAAAAAAAGCGUUCAGAUGAAGACCUUGAACAUUGUUCAGGAGGAGAGGACUCAACUUCAGGAGAGUUUGCAGCAGACUCAGUUCCUCCUGGAUAAAGCCAUGGCCCUGCGGAAGAAAAAAGUCACCCUGCAAGACAUGAAGAAGAAACUUUGCAAAGAGACAGAUCACCUGAACACGCAUUUAAACAAAAAUAACCAGAAGAGCUUCACCUACAAAAAGGAGCUGGAGCAGAUGAAACAGAGGUGCCAACACCUGGAGAUGAACCUAAAUGACUGUAGAACCAAGAACAAAAACCGCCUGGACAAGGAAAGAGAUCUCAGACAGGACAUGGCCUCAGUGUCUGAGAAGUGCCGCCAACAAACAGCUGAGACCAGUCAGCUGGCAGCCGAGCUACGGAAGAAGAGCAGCAGGUGCCAGAAGUUGUUGGCCAUCAUGCAGAAAUCGAUCAUGAUUCUCAGACAAAUCGCAUUGGCAUCUGAAAAUCAGUGUAAGAAACAGAUGCUGCUGGAGCUCCUGGAGAGAACUGUUCCCCAGCAAACAGUCUCCACCCUCAGCAUCUCCAAGGAGAAGAGCAGUGAAUGGCAAAAACCACAGAGCACUGACCCCAAAACAGCCAGUGCAAAGACCCUGAAUCUUGACACAGACCCACUGUUCCAGCUGUCCCGCUUCAGGCCAGGUGACCUUGGCUUUGUACCUCGACCCCCAUGGAUACGCAAACCAGCCGUCCCCACCACCAACCCAAAGACUGCUCCUGAUCCCAUCAUCCUGGAUGUCCUCGAGAGCAGUAUCCCUGUACCUGUUCACAUUGUUCCUGCCAAGCCGCCGAAAGUCAGGCGAUUUCUGCUAUAUAACUCGACCCACAUGGAAGCACAAACCAGUCGUCUCCGAUGGCAAAAGGGAGCCAAUGGAUCCAGUCAGCAGUGAGAAAGAUGAACGUUUUUCGUCUCAUGUCUAAAAAACUGAAAUGAAAUGAAAUUGAAAAAG